AUGAGGAGAGUUCCAUACACAAGUGCUGCGGCGAAGGAGGUAGUAGCCAAUUUUCCAGAAUUUGAUGUUAUCCCCUUCGAUACUGAAGUUGGAAUGGUGAAUGUGAUCUUACAGAUAUCCAAUGUUGCCUACCUUAUCUCCCUUUCGAUUUUAAUCGGAAUCAGUGUUGUUGCUAUGGUGUUUGUUGGUAAUCUGACUCUUUCGUCCAUAGUAGUGAUCUCUUCAAUACUGAUUUUUCUAGAAACAUUCUUUAUUUCUGCUUUGAUAGGAAUGACAUUGAAUCCGUUUUCGACGGCUUUGUUGAUAUUUGUGGCAGGUGCCUCCGUAAAGCACUACUCAUUUGUGUCAUCACUACCACCAGACUUUGGAAAAUGA